AUGUCUAGAGCCAUAAGAAUCUUUUUCUUAAUUUUUGCUGCUCUCAUUCUCCUUGCUCGCUUUUUCUCAGCCAGAGGAGAAAUGCACAGAGAGCUGCGUUGUCUGGAAAUGGAUGGUCGCUGUGAAGCUGAGUGCCUUUCCUUUGAAGUUAAGAUUGGGGGCUGUAGAACUGAAAUGACACCACUUUGCUGCAGAAAAAGGAAGAACAAGUCAAAAUGA